AUGACAGACUUUCUCACCAAGCUUCCGGCGCCGCGCAUAUCCGGAUUGGCAGUCGCCGAUUCGAGGCUGGCUGCUUACAGCCUCCCCGGAGCUUCCGCGGCGGAAGUGGCCAAGCCGAAGACACAGCACCCGAGCACAAGAACAGUUCCUCCGUACCUUCGUAGGGAUGGCUUUGUGCCGAGAUGCGAAGAAGAUUUCGGCGACGGCGGGGCCUUCCCAGAGAUCUUCGUGGCUCAGUUCCCCCUGGGAAUGGGCAAGAACGCAGGCAGCGCUCCGUCAAGCACCACCCUUUCGCUGCAAGUAGGAGCCGACGGCCGCCUCGCUUACGACAUGGCUGUACGCCACGGCUCCCAGAAGGCUGUUGUCUACACGCGGCCGGAGAGUGCUCACGGCUUGCAGUCGCAAGGCCCCGAAGCCGCGGCAGAAGCGGCAAAAGCCAGGGAGCUCCCUACCAAGGAAGAAGAAGAGAAAGAGCUCAUGCGAACCAAGCUGGCCAUAGAGAAAGAACUGGAGAAAAAGAGCAACGCUGGACGCGCGCAGCCGCAAAACAGGGAGGCUGAGUUUGUUCGCUAUACGCCGGCAAAGCUGGUUGAAGGCCACAACAGUGGCUGCGCCCAACGGCUGCUUCGUCUAGAAGAUGUUGCGGUGGACCCUCUAGACCCCCCCCGCUUCAAGCAUAAGCGCGUGCCGGCUGCCCGUUUCUCUCCUCCUCCCCCAGUGCUUCAUUCCCCCACACGGAAGCUCACGCUGCAGGACCAGCAGGACUGGAAGAUCCCGCCGUGUGUCAGCAACUGGAAAAAUCAGAAAGGAUAUACAAUUCCCCUCGACAAGCGUGUCGCUGCUGAUGGGCGCAAUCUGCAGGAUGUGUCUGUAAACGACAAGUUUGCGUCUCUAUCUGAGGCUCUGUACAUUGCAGAGCGUCAAGCCAGGGAAGAAAUUCGGCUGAGGAACGAGGUGAAGAAGCAGAAGAAAAUCAGAGAGGAAGAGCUCAGGGAGCAACAACUCAGGCAGCUUGCUGCACAAGCCAGAGCGGAACGAGCCCAGCUGCUGCAGCAGUCACGACGACCAGCAGGCGGCGACGCAGAGGAAGAGGCAGAGAGGCAGCAGAGAGAACAGGUGGCAAGGGAAAGAGAGAAAGACAUCGAGCGGGCUGUCCGUUUGGAGAAGAGCAAAGGAAAGCGCCGAGAUGAUUCACAGCGCGAUAUCAGCGAGCUUGUGGCCUUGGGAUUGCCGGUGGAUGCAAAGAAGCAGCGAACGGAUGCGAUGUUUGACAGCCGCCUUUUCAACCAGGCUGGGGGAACAGACUCUGGCUACAAGGGUGGAGAGGACGACACGUAUGCGCUGUAUGAUCGUCCGCUCUUUGCACAGCGCGGAGGCGCUGGCAUUUAUCAGUUCAGCCGCGAGCGGUUUGCGUCUUCCGUUGGGGAGGGCUCUGAGCUGGCGGCAUUUGCUGGAGCGGACAAGACGCGGUACACUCGGACAGGUCCAGUAGAAUUUGAGAAGGAUGUGUCGGAUCCGUUCGGGUUGGACAACCUCCUUUCUGAAGCUCGCAAGAAGUAG